AUGGCGCAUCCAUCUGAGGUAGCUCAACUUGGGCUUCUGGCGAAAAGUGUCAAUAAUGAGAGCGCCGAAUUCACAGGGCUUUCCGAUGCUUUAGAAAAACUGGGCCCUAUUGUGAGAAACUCAUCGCUGGACCACAACUAUAGAAAGGAGCUUUCUGAGGAUAGAGCGAUAUGGAAGGAAAUAUGUGACUGCCUGAAUGGUGCCCAUUUGGACCGCGUAGAAGAAAAAGAGCCGAGGCACUUGCGGAUGCGAGCGGUUCGUGGUAUGAUACUACUGGGGCGGAACCUCUCGGUCGAAAACCAAAGGCUGCCACAGGAGUUGGCGCUGCACAGUCGGGUUGUCGAGCUGCUGGCGCAGGUGCAGUGCCAAUACGAUGAAAUGGAAAUAGCAUUACACAAGGCGGCGUACGAGCUGCUGUACAACCUGACGCGAGCCAGCGCCACGUUUGACCAGCAGAGCCUAGGAAAUGUGUGUAGGGCUCUGAGGUAUCCCCUCGGCGCACAUGGAAGCCGAGACCUGGCGCUGCCAGUGUCACUCUAUUUCUUGAACAUGGUUCGGGACGACGAAUUCUUAUUCGCCUUUCUAAAGCAUCCGGAUGCAGACAAGAUUGUAUAUCAGUUCAUGCUCCAAGGAGUCAUCAAGAACCAUACAGAGCUUUUUGACGUGAUAGACAACAAAACUCAUGAUUUGGAAAACCUUUCCAGCCUUGGUGCUAUACAGAUGAGCAUUUGGUCAUGCCUCGUGACGCAUGCAUCCUUUAGCCCGUAUUUGGAAAGACUGGAAUCGCACAACUGGGAGGCUUUCGACACAAUCCUUAGGUUUGCACAACUAGUCGUCACCAGCUCUGAGAAGUGGGACAAAGAACAGCUCACUGCCAUAACGGUAUGGGCUUUCCGGAUAUUUGAAAGUACUGCUAGUUCGGUUGAGGAGUACACCCGGCGGGGCAUAGAUGACGAAGCUGAGGCAAGCAGACUGCACCAAAAACUAUUGGUGGUAUUAGAUAUACUUUCUGUUUUUUCCAAGUAUGAAUCGAUCCGCAAGUUCAUUAUGUUUUACAAUGGCGUGGAGGUAUUAAUCAACACUUUACGGUACCUCCAGAAUCAUUGCAUGAGAAUAAACUUCACCAAAGCUAAGUCCAACAUGGCGGCGACUUUUAAAGCCUACAAUAGCAAUUAUGAAAGGGUUGAGGAUGAAGGAAAAAUCAAAUCCAUAAUUAAUAUCGAGACCUCUUCCAUCAAAUCUACUAAUUUUCCUGAAUGCAAGUCACUAAUUAUAGAGAUUCUGGGAUUCCUUACCUACAAAAACAGGGAGGUCCAGGACAAAUGUAGGGAGCUCCACGGUCUCGAGUUAGUACUGUCGAACUGCGUGAUUGAUGACAAUGACCCCUUCAUAAAGGAACGAAGCAUAAUGUGUAUUCGUUUCCUGCUUGAAGACAACGCUGAGAACCAAUCUUUCGUAGCUCAGCUGGAGGCCAAAAAGGCGGUAAAUGAUGAUGUACUCGCAGAAGCUGGGUAUGAGGUGAAGGUUGGCGCCGACGGCAAAAUUGGCUUAACAAAAAACCCACGUGCGGCAGUAGAAGACAAAAUGGAUUUAAACUUGACAUAG